AUGAGCGCGCAAAGUGGUCUGCAAGUCGCAGACUCGUCCGACACCGAUGCCGGUAAUGAACAACCAAGGAACGAAGUUCAGCGGCGCAGCUUUGGUGAUUGGCUCCGUGAUGAUGUCAACAUCCGCUAUACCGAUAUCCCAGUCCUCGCUUGUUGUCUGGUGUCCGGCUUGUGCGACAGUGUAGCAGUAAACGCAGCUGGUGUCUUCGUCAGUAUGCAAACAGGAAACACCAUCUUCAUGGCUCUGGGCGCCUCGAAGCUUCCGGCUGGCGAGCCCCUCCUCUGGCUCAAGUCCCUCAGCUCCAUCGCCGCGUUCUGGCUAGGGUGCUUCUUCUUCUCCAAGUCGAGACACAUUCACCCCAAGCGCAGAAGCACUCUCGCCCUAUCAUUCCUUCUCCAGUCCGCACUCGUCUUCCUUGCCGCCGCCUUUGCUCAGACACGUCUCAUCGCCGACUUUGGAAAAGCCUCGGUGCAAGGCUCCGACUCGAAUCACGAAUUCAAGACCUCUGAAAACCCUCUUGUGAUGGUCCCCCUUGCGCUUCUGGCCUUCCAGUUUGGCGGACAGAUUGUCACGAGUAGGAUUCUGGGAUAUAAUGAGGUUCCUACCAACGUCCUAACCAGCGUCUACUGCGACCUCCUGUCCGACCCCAAGCUCUUUGCACCCCUGAAGGAGAACCCUAAGAGGAACAGGAGGUUCUUGGCUGUUGUUUUGCUCGUUCUUGGAGGUAUCAUUGGUGGCUGGCUGCAGAGAAGCCAGGCUGGCAUGCCUGGGGCUCUUUGGAUUUCUGGAGGAGUCAAGUUCAUCAUUGCCGUCGCCUGGAUGGGCUGGGCCAGCAAUGAGCCGGUUGAGAGCAAGCUGGAAAAGGGCGUCAAGUCAUAA